CUUUGGACGCCGUAGUGUUUGACAGCUCAUUCCGCCAACAUGGCUGAAGAGAGCCUGAUAGAUGGAGAAGACGAAAACAUUUUGUAUGAUUUACUUGUCAUUACAGAAUGGCCGCCGGAGGCUGACACCCAGCUGCGAGGGAAUAAAGAACAUAACGGCUCGUUAAUUGCCAAAGCUGUUUCAGGUCCAUUUCGACUUAUCCUCCAUUAUUUGUGGUACAGCCCCUCUAGCUCCUCUCUGCCUCCUGCUCUUCUCCGGCUGGCAAACAAGCAAAUCAACUGGCAGUUGGUGCUCGCAAGUAAUGGCAAGCUGCUGGCAGUGGUUCAGGACCAGUGUGUGGAGAUUAGGUCUGUGAGAGACGACUUUGGCUCCGUCAUUGGAAAGUGCCAAGUGCCAAGGGAUCCAAACCCUCAAUGGCGGAGGGUUGCCUGGAGCCAUGACUGUGCACUCCUGGCCUUUGCCGACAGCACCGGUACUGUUCGACUGUUUGACCUCGUGGGCAGCGAGUUGUUCGUCAUCCCACCGAGUGUGAGCUUUCCUGGGGACUUCAGCUGCGCGGUCGCUGGAUUAAUCUUCCUGGAGUACACGGCCAGAGCUCAGUGGUCCGCUGAGUUACUUGUGAUCACUUACGGAGGGGGACUCAAGAGCUACCUGGUCAGCGUGGGGACCAAUCAGAAUUUCCAAGAAAACCACAGCUUCAGUUUCUCUUCACACUACUCUCAUGGAAUCACCUCGGCUAUCUACCACCCUCAUCAUCGAUUGCUGCUGGUGGGGGGGUGCGAGUCAGGCGGUGACAGCACCUCAAAGGCCUCGUCAUAUGGCAUCACAGCCUGGAGAGCUCUGUCUGGGUCACCACACUACAAACAGGUCACAAGCUACGAGGAUGAUAUGAACAUGAACCAGAAAAGAAGCUUCUUGAAGAUCCCCAGCUUCAGGUUGUUUUCGAGGCAAGCAGAUGAAAAGGAUGGUGUAUUUCGUAUGAGCCUGAGUCCCGACGGCACAUUGUUGGCUGUUAUCCACUUCUCUGGUCGUUUGUCUCUCUGGGAUGUCCCCUCUCUGAAGCAGAGGGCAGCGUGGGACCAGGAUCAGCAGCCUGGAUUUGAGGAGAUCAAUCCGGAGUGGAAGACGUCGCUGGAGAGAAGGAAGAAAAUAAAAGAAAAGGAACAGUACUAUCCACUAGUCGACGUGAGCUGGUGGAAUGAAAACGUGCUGAUUCUGGCUCGCUGCUCCGGCUCAGUCACAGUCUCUUCUGUCCGGACGCUCCGGAACCUCCUGGGCAAAUCCUGCGAGUGGUUCGAGCCUUCUCCACGAGUGACACCUGCACAUGAUGGAGGAUUCCUGAGUCUGGAGUGCGAGGUGAAGUUGGCCCAGAAACGUGGACGUCUGGAAAGCAACCCCGGAGCUGGUGAUGAAGAGGAAGGAGAUGAUGGCGGUGAAUCUGACUCGGACGACGAGUCGUCUGCCAAAGCUCGCUACUUUGGCUACAUCAAGCAGGGCCUCUACUACGUUACGGAGAUGGAGCGCUUCGCCCCGCCACGCAAGCGUCCACGCACUGUCAUGAAGAACUACCGUCUGGUCAGUCUGAGAUCCACCACACCUGAAGAACUGUACCAGAGGAAGAUUGACAACGAGGAAUAUGGUGAGGCGUUAUCUCUCGCCCAAGCUUAUAAUCUGGAUUCUGACCUUGUGUACCAGCGGCAAUGGAGGAAAAGUACUGUCAGCAUCGCCUCCAUACAAGACUAUCUGAGCAAGAUCCGCAAGCGUUCCUGGGUGUUGCAUGAGUGCGUGGAGCGUGUCCCGGAGAAUGUGGAUGCUGCCAAAGAGCUGCUUCAGUAUGGCUUGAAGGGCACUGACCUUGAAGCCCUCAUAGCCAUCGGGAACAGAGAAGAUGGGGGCAGGUUUAUUAUGCCGGGAGACGUCGAUCUGGAGGACCUUCCGUAUGAAGACAUCCUGUCUGGUGAGGAUGAGGUGGAGAUGAAGCGGGAGAAGGAGACUAGGAAGCGGCAUGACCUGUUAGCCAAGGUUGACUUCAGCAGGUUGACCCUGGAGCAGAAGGAAUUGUGCCGGAGCCGACUCAAGCUCCUCUCCUAUUUGGACCGCCUGGCAACAUAUGAGGAGAUCCUCGGAGGUCCUCAUGCUGCUGAGCAGAAAUACGAUGCAGAAUUUUUCAAGAAGUUCCGAAGUCAAAAUAUUGUUUUGUCAGCAAGGAACUACGCCAGGGAGAGCAACAUGCAGGCGCUGGACAUUCUGUUCACGUAUCAUGGCGCAGAACUCCUCCAGCACAGGCUGGCUAUUCUUUACAACUUCCCAGAAACCACCUCUCCACACGAGUAUACGGUCUUGCUGCCUGAGGCCUGUCUGGAUAAAAAAGGUGAGCUGGGGCUGAUUCCGUGGGAUGAGCAGAGGCACAGAGAAACAGACUGGUGCGAGGCGGACGAGUGCAGAAGCAUGUUGGACCAGAACAUGUUUGAUGACGACAGCUUCUUGUACGAAGAUUCCCCUGAACUGUUGAGGUUCCGCACGGCUGAGCCCUCCAUCCAUCUGCUGACUGACUGGUACCAGAGCCGAGCUCAGGACAUGGACUUUUGCUCCAGACAGGUGGACUGUGCCCUUUCUCUGGUGCGUCUCGGGAAAGAGCGGGAGAUCCCGGGAUUGGAGCUGCUCUGCGAUGACUUGGUCACCAUGGAAACACUUGUGUAUGAGGCGUCAUGUGACUUAAGUCUGACCCUGAGAGAUUUGCAGCAGCACAGCAACAUCGAUAAGCUCCGCCUGCUAAUGAUGAAUUCGAGCAGAAAGCGCUACGUUAAAGACGCCUUUCAAUGGAUGGUGCCAUUCUUGCACCGCUGUGAGAGACAGGAAGAGGGCGCUGCUAAAUCCUUGCUCCGAGAGUACCUGGCUGGCCUGGCUCAGCAGGACCUGACUCUGCCUCUCAUCAUCUUCCAGCACUCCAAACCGGAUUGCCAGCAGAAGAUCAUCGCAGACCCCGACCAGCUCAUGUCUGUUGCUCUGGACUGCAUCUACGGCUGCGAGCGAGACGACCAGUUAAGCCUCUGCUACGACAUCCUGGAAUGUCUGCCACAGAGAGGAUUUGGGCCUGAGAGUGAUCGCACCGCCUCGCUUCACGACCGAGUCGACAAACUUGAGAAGCAUCUCAGUGUGGUGGAGGUUUUAGAGAAACACGGUCUGCAGAAGCCAAUUUUCUACGUGAGGAACAGCCAGAACAGCGAAGAGGAAGCUUACCAGCUCAUGGUCAAACUUUGCCGCCACACAGGACGAAAAAACCCACCAGUGAGUGAGACACUUUGGAGAGGCCUGUUGCAGGAUCUGCUGGACAUACAGCAGACUGUUUAUACCUGUGUGAAGCCAGAGAAGUGCCACCAGAUCUUUGUGGAGUCCCUGCUGUGCUCCAGUCGCAUAGAGAACGUUCGGCUGGCAGGGCAGCUCAUGCAUUGUUGUAAGGCUAACCAGGACGUCCCUGUCAGUCUGUCUUUCCGUGGGAAGGGCUACGCUCUGAAGGUCCCCUACGAAAGCAGCGUCGAACUGGUGUUGGCUGCUGCCCGAGAAUACUUCAACUCGUCGACAACGCUGACGGACCCGUGCAUGGGUUUGGCAAGGGCGUGUCUCCAGCUGAUCACAGACUGUCCCCCUGCUGUUCAGGAAGAACUGGACCUCAUCAGUGCCCUCAGCCAACUGGAAGACUUCAAUGUCAACAUCCUUCCCCUGCAAGUGCGUAUGCGGUCAGAAAGGCUGUCUCUCAUUGAGGAGUGCAUCACCCACUGCUCCACCGCCUUCAAGCAAUCCGCUACUCUUCUCAACCUUGCGUCACUGCUUCGAGUUGCAGGAGGUGACGAGGCUGCGAGGAAAGGUCAGGUGCUGACCCUGCUAGCAGAGCAAGCCCUCCAGUGCCUGGACUUCAAGGCGUCCUACAUCCAUUGCCAGGACCUCAUGGCUGCAGGCUACAGUCCAGCAUGGGAUGUUUGCAGUCUGCUCGGUCAGUGUGAAGGCUUUGGCGACCUCGAGGCCCGACAGCAGCUGUUGGCCUUCUCGCUCACCCACUGUCCUCCAGACAACAUCCACAGCCUCCUUGUGGCCUCCAGUGAUCUACAGACUCAGGUUCUGUACCAAGCAGUCAACUAUCAAAUGGAGCCUGUAACGGAAAGCGGACCAGGGGCAGAUGAGGUGGACAACUCCAAGGCGUUUGCUGCUCCCACCGCGAGCGCUCCUGUGGGGACAGCCGGUGAUUUGCUUCACAGGACAACAGCCAAAACCAUGGAAGUGCUGACCACGACAGGAAUGACCACCAAGGCUGUGCUGACCGCAGUCAGUGAUCACCGCUGGUGGAAGGAUUCGCUUAACUAUCUUCGGCCAUUGCAUGGUCACGGCGCUGGAGACGCCAGCCGUGAAGGGGUGUGCGAGAACUCCAACCUGGAGCUUCAAGGCUGUAGCUCUUUUUAUCAGGAACUUAUUGAUGAUCCCUAUGUAGACCCGAGUACUGAUGUGUAUUCUUCCUGCAAAGACGUGCCACCGGAGAACUUUGCAGAGGUGUUGUUGAGGACUGGCAAGUUGACAGAGGCCAAGACGGAGGGAGAAACUUUGUUCCCAGCAACAGAAGUGUUGCUACAGCUGGCCAAUGAUGCAUUUCCUCGGGACAUGAUGCUGGCACUGUCCUACUUACUCGCCCUGCCUCAGGUACUGGAUGCCAAUAAAUGUUUUGAGAAACAAUGCCACUCGGCCUUGUCCCUGCAGCUGGCCUCGUACUACUACUCACUGCAAAUAUACACCCGACUAAUGCCUUGCUUCGAGGACAAAAACCAUACUCUGUACCAGGCGGAUCCGAAAGAGUUGAUCCGACUGGUGACGCAGCACGUGUCCUCGUAUUCCAACUGGCCAGAGGAGUUGCAGAAGCUGAUCAGUCAGCUGAAGGUGUACAACGAACGGCUGACCGACUUCACCCAGGCCCAGGUCCUGCAGGGUUUGGGCAGAGGGGUGGACGUGCAGCGCUUCAGCUCCGAUUCAGAUUACAAGAAGGAGACCAUCCUUGGACUGGCGGAGACACUGGAUGACAGCGUGUACAAGAUCUCGGUGUCUCUGGCGAAGCGCUACGGUGUUCCUCUGUGGGAGGUCUACAUGACUCACCUCGAGUUCCUCUUUACGGACAGCGGCUUGUCUACAAAAGAUAUAGAAGCCCGAAGCGUGUCCCUCGGCUUGUUUGACACAUUGAAGAGUGACCCCCAGUCGUUCUACAGCCACAUGAACAAAUAUGUUUUGCCCAGUGUGGCGGGAACAGACUUGAACCGCCUGCUCUACUACUAUACCCUGCUGGACGCUGCAGGCUGCGAGCUGCACGUCUCAGCAACAAUCAAACCAGAGACACACGUCAAACUGCUCAAGAAGCUUCGAGCUGUUGCCAAUGGCUUGAACUACCGCAAACUGACGGACGAAUCAUCAGAUCCGCUUCAGUCUCUCGAGCCGAUCCUGACCAGUCAGAACGUGCUGUCCAUUUCCAAACUGGCCAAUCGGCUGCCCAUACCUGGUGGCAGUGGGGCAACGGUCUCAUCCAGUGCGGUCCAUGCGACAUGGAUGAAGAAGCUGUUUUGGAAGGGAGAUGCUCAGCUGCUGAAAAGACUGCCUGAAAGCGAUCAAGACUUCUUGCAUGCCUACGACACCUGCGCCAAGUUCCUGGAGCGACUGGUUCCUGCCGACGCCGUCGACUUCCUGGACCAGAUCACUUUUUCCCAGGAUGCUGUCGAGCAUCUCAGUGUCCCGGCGAGGUCAGAGGUGAUAAAGCGAGCCAGCAAAGCCCUGCGCCAGCUUGCGGAGAAGAACAGGAAGAGAGGAGGAGGAGAUGGAAGCGGGGCACAGGAAGGGCCCGACACUGCAGGGAUGACUUUUGAUGAGGCUCUCACACAUUUGCAGCAGUCCCAAGCCCACCUGGACACCCUGAGCGAUGACUUUAUUGUGUCACUCAGAGAGAGCCAGCAGGAGCAGCUGCAGGGUUACAGUCAUCUCUACGAUUUGUCCCGAUCUGAGAGGUCGAAAGUUCACAAGCUGGCAGUCACCAUGGCAACUGAUGGCCAGCCUCUGGAGUCUAUCGAGAAGCUUCUGCGCGUGGCUGUUGGUCCACAGAACAUGUCGGUCAAAAAGAUUCUUCAAUGUGCCGUGGAGAGCGUAGUGGCAUCACUAAGCGGGGACCCGGACAGUCUGAUAAAUUACCCGCAACCCCUCAGGGUCCUGGAGGCCAUGGUGACUGCCGUGCACAACAAUGUGCAGAAAGGUGACCACUCUGUGACCUCGGACGACCUUCUCGCCUGGCUGCGUCCCUUCUGCGGCAACUCGGAGCUGCCUGUGCGACCUCGGAUCGAAGUCCUGCAGAUCCUGGAGGGCAACUUCAGCCUCCAAGACAGCGACGUCCGUCUACUGCUGCUCUACAGAACUCAGGCUGUUCUGAAAGACAGACAGUUCCAGAUAGAAGACGUGGAGAAUGAGGACAAAAGGUACACGCUCUUCAUGGAGCUGCUGGAGACGGCGAGAAAGUGGCCAGACUUUCAGCUGCUCAUUCUGCUCUUGCAAGCUUGGCCACCCAUGGUGAAAGAAGACAUAGCCAGGUCUGAGCGUAACCCUUGGGUGGUUCUUACUUCAGCCCUCCUGACCCACUGCUGGGAGCCUGAGGCGGAACCAGACCUGGGGCGGCAGAUUGUGGCCAUGGUGCGAUCCCUCUACAAGACGAAGCACAAGCUUCCCCCUCAGUGUUUGCGACUGAUAACUACGCUACUGCUCAAAAACCCACCGGCUCUGCAGCAGCCUGCGCUCAAACUGAUGGCUGAGAGCGGCGAUGAUGAACUUCUGCAGCUGACUCUGGAUCAGAUCAACGGCAUGAGCGAGGAAACAGCCUCCUCCUGCGAUGCCGAACUCUUGUCUGUACUUCUGGAUGCCGGCCUCCUGGUGGGCUGCGUCUCCUCCACCCUCUACCCUUUGCUCAGCGCCCACAUGCUGUCCAACCACCAGGAGGCAGGCUGGGAUGUCGAGAAGGCCGCUGCCCAGCUGCUGGCUGCCGGCCAUGGGCCCGAGGCCGGAUCCCUGCUGCUGGCUCACCGUGGAACCCAUCACGCCCUGUUCACCUUCAACUCAGCGCUGGCUGUGCUGAAGAAAUGGCUGUGAGGAGGAAGAGGAAGCUGUUGGGAUGGGAUUGCUUCAUCCAGAAGGUCAUUUAAAAUGUUAUUUAGAAAUUAAAAGAAAAUAAAUAAAGAGAGCGAGUGAACUGUCAUGAUAAAAAGUCAAUGUUUUUAAUUUCAUCUGAAUGAGCUAAGCCUUGAAAAUAUAUUUUGAGCAACUCAUUUUAGGCACUAAGCAGAUGUGUUAACACUACAAAAGCACUUCAAUCUUCUGCACAAUUUCCCCAUUUCGUCUUUCCAUAUGGCAAAGUCAGAGCUGGUCCAUCUAUAUUCUGAUUGGCUGGCACAGACCUCUGAAGUCAACAGAGCCUAUCGCCAUGAUCCUUAUGUUACGUUAUCUUCUGGACCAGGUCUCCAGCCACCAAAAUCAAUGUUCUCUGAAGCGAUUUAAGAUCUUACUUCGUCCCUCCUGUCCAUGAUGUAUCGACUGACAUUUGUCUAGCUACUGUUGCUCAAACUAUAUUUUAAUUUGCUCUGGAAAAUGGCUCCGUAACAUGAGCUAUCACACUCCCUCCUGGCUACUGACAACACAUGCCUGAUCGGAAACAUGCGUGUCUCUGUGUGCAAGUGAAUAUUUCGAUCUUGUGUGUUUGGCGGCUGUUGUGUGGCGAGGUAAUUUUGAGCGGCAUCCAGGAAGUGGUGGGUGGAUAUUAGCCCAUUGUUCCACAACAGGUUUGCUUCUUUAUUGUCGCAGCGUUAAACAGGCUGCCGCUGCGCCUUUUGUUUUGCCCCUAAUAAUGUCUAAUUAAUUCCUUCCAAAACAAAUUAGCCCCACUGUUGCCCCGCACUCCCUCUGUGUGUGUUUCUGUGUGUGUGUGCGCGUGGGAACACAGACAAAUCAUAUGCAAAGCUAAUAAGGAGGUGGGCAUAUGCGGAUGGUUAUAUUGUUCCAUGUUUCCUCCAGAACGUGAAUAAAG